ACUUGGAUUCCUUAAACAACAAGCAACUUAAGGCAGAGGCAGAAAAGACUAUGCAAGACUUGUCCUCUCUAGCUCAGAAUACUGCUGAAUUAUACCAUGAGUUGAAUGCAUUGGACCGUUUUCAACAAGAUUAUAACCAAAAGGUUAAGGAAUUGGAGUCCUUAAAUCUUCCUCUCAAUGGGGAAGGUCUCACAGCUUUUCAUAGUGAGCUUAAGCAUCAAAGAAAGCUUGUGAAGAGCUUGCAAAGGAAAUCCCUUUGGUCCAAAAAUUUAGAGGAGAUAGUUGAAAAGCUUGUUGAUAUAGCCACACACAUACAUCAAGCGAUUUUCGAGUUCCUUGGGAAAAAUGGUAUGGAAACAUACCAAACAUGAAUUUGAAAUCAAUUGCUACUUGUCUGAAUUAUAUGCAUAAAUUUUUUAUUAA